AAUUCCCAGAAACAAACGUACAGUUCCAUAUAUAAUAUUAGAGCAGAAAGUAGGUUUUUCCUGAUUUUGGGUCCAAGAAUUUUAAACUAUGAGACCUGCAAAGUUCAAUGGCGAUGAUCUUCAUGAGAAUUCGAGGAGAGAAAUCAAUGGCGUUCGUCCUUCUCCGUUGAAGAUCCAGAAGGGCUCCCGUUUCAUUCACAAGCCAUCGUCUUCCACUUCCAUCUCUUCGGUUCCAUGCAUUAAUAAUGUUCCCGCCAGGCGGCAGCAGCAGCAGAAGCAACCCCGGCCGCCGGUGAUUAUAUACACCCAGUCUCCAAAGAUCAUCCACACGCAUGCAAAGGAUUUCAGGGCUCUCGUUCAGAAGCUCACCGGCAUGUCGUCGCGGUCAAGUAGUAAUAAUCAUGAAACAGAUACUGCACCGGUACCGCCUGUUCGUCAACCCCAUAAGAGCAGCGGCGAGAGUGCUUUUUAUGUGGAAGGAAAUCAUAUUCGUAAUGUUAAGCCUUUGAGUAAUGAUGAUAAUGAUUCAUCAUCGGUUCUAACUGAGGAGAAUUCCAGUGGUGGCUGUGGCGUUGAUUUCAAGGCAAGUUCGUUCUCUAUUUCUUCAGCAAAUGAAAGCCAAUCUCAUCCACAUUUUGCUGAUAUCCCUUCGUUUACCCCGAAUGACACCGAUUUCUCCGGCUGGACUGGGCCGUUUUAUCCAUAUCCUGAUUCGGCAAACAUAUCGCCGGCUGUUUUCAAGUUUAUGUAGGGAUUUGCAGAAUAUUGAGAUUGUUUAGUGUUGGUUGGUGGGGUAAAGGGUUUUGAGGGGAUUAGUCAGUUUGUUCAUAAGUUUAACUUUUAGGUGUGGAUUUCUUUUGUUUCCUUUUGAUCAGUUAAGAGUAAAAACAGUUGAAUGUGAAUUUCUGGAAUUAAUAAUUAGUAGAAUCUUUUGCCAUCUAAGGGAAGUUUGAUCUGUGUCUCUUCUCUUCUGAUUUGUAUGGCAAUGGUUUCCUAUAAAUAACAGCAGUGCGUU